AUGAUUCUAAAUAUGCUGAUGCUCAUUGGCACAACUACGUGUGUUCUUGCUGUUGGUUUCCUUCUUCGGAAGCUUGUAUUCAAGAGACUGCCAUUGUCGCCUGGUCCAAAGCCUUACCCGAUCAUUGGAAAUAUGCUUGACAUGCCAAAGGAGUACGCCUGGAUGGCUUUUAGCCGAUGGAAGAAGUUACACGGUGACAUGAUCUAUCUGACCGUCCUCGGGAGGAAGUUCCUAGUAGUCAAUUCACUGGAGACCGCAGCAUAUUUUCUGGAAAGGCGCUCUUCAAUCUAUUCCGGACGGAUGCGCUUUGUCUUCUCCGGUGAGCUGUGCGCUCACAACCGCUCCUUGGCAUUCAAGGAUGGCACUUCUCAUCGCCAAGCGCGGAAAUUCGCUCACCGUUCACUUAGCUCGACAGCGAUAAAGCAACGGCACGGAUUACAGGAAGAUGAAGCACACAAAAUACUAAGGCGAUUAUUGGAUGAUCCGACUGAGUUUGUGAGGCACUUCCACACGACUGCCCAGUCCAUCAUCAUGAGGAUAUUGUAUGGCUAUGAGGUGGGGGAACACGACGAUCCUCUGAUACAGGCAGCGAACAAAGUAUUGGCUGCUUUCGAGGUCGCUGCCGUACCCGGACGCUGGUUGGUGGACGCAGUCCCAAUGUUGAAACACAUUCCCGCGUGGGUUCCAGGUGCUGGGUUUCAGAGACAAGCAAAGAUAUGGCGGGAUCAAGUCGAGGAAAUGUUUCAUCUCCCCUUUAACCUUGUUAAGAAGAGGGUGGCCGAAGGCAACGCCCUCUCCUCCAUGACGUCCCAGUUGUUGGAAUCAAAGAAGAAUCAAAGCGACGAAGAGAGCAUCAUGAACGCCGUUGGCUCGCUCUACGGCGGCGCGGUGGAUACGACACCGGCAGCCAUGAGCAGUUUUGUGCUGGCAAUGACCCUGUAUCUAGAGGUGCAGCGCAAGGCCCAAGAAGAAUUGGAUCGUGUUGUUGGUCGCGAUCGUUUACCACGGUUCGCGGAUAGGUCGAAUCUGCCAUAUAUAAAUGCGCUUGUAAAGGAGGUCCACCGCUGGGCGCCAGUAAUUCCGCUGGGCAUACCGCAUCGGCUAAUCAAAGAGGACGUGUACAAUGGCUAUCGUAUCCCAAAGGAUACUAUAAUCAUUCUAAACAUAUGGCGCAUUAAUCGUGACAUCCAUACAUAUGGCUCUGAUUCGGAUACCUUCCGUCCAGAGCGCUUCCUCGGUAGCGAUCCAGCACCACGCGGCUUUACUACGGCCAAUACGCAAGAGUUUGGCUCUACGUCCUUUGGAUUUGGACGCCGCGUCUGUUCCGGACAACAUGUAGCCGAUCCGUCGAUGUUCAUCGUAUUUUCUAACGUCCUUGCAACGAUGGAUAUCAGCCCACGCGCAGGAGCGAAUGGAAAACCGGUGUUACCUGAGAUCAAGUUCACUACCGGUGUAAUCUCGCAUCCGAAGCCUUUCCAGUGUUGCAUUACACCUCGCUCAGCCCUGGCAAUCGAUUUGAUCAGGGAUGCUGAUUAA